CCGAUUGAAAAAUUUCAUGGAGUUGCGAAGCACGCAAGCGAAGCUUGCUGUGCUUCGGGUUUGCUUCUUAGCGUGAUAAUCCAAGCAAGCUCGCACGCUUCGCUAAAUAGAAAUAAUGUCGCAAGUCUAUGUUUCGCUUGCUACGCAAACUCAUUUCCCGAGAGGGUCAUAGGUUCGAAUCCUGUCACCUUGAUUUAAGAUAAUUAGAUUAGAAAAAAAGCACAUGAUACAAUGAAGAUUAAUCGACCAUUAUCACCUCAUCUUAGUAUAUACAAACCACAACUUACAUCUACUUUGUCUAUUUUUCAUAGAAUUUCUGGAGGAUUUUUAGCAGUCCUUUUCUUAUUUACUAUAUUGUUUUUAAAGGUAUGCGACCUUGGCUUAAGUUUUUAUCCAAUUUAUUGGUGUCUUUUUAACUAUUACAGCAUAUUUUGAUUGGUUUCUGUUUAGCUUGGCUAAUUUG